ACAAGAUUUAAACAUUACAAACAAACAUCUAACGUGUUUGCGUCGCCACAUCAACAACAUCGCAUAGGUUGUGUACUCUACUUGUUUUCUUAUCAAAAUGCCACCUUUAGAAGACACGGGAAACACCGAAAAGAAAACAAUCAUAUUUAACGCGUCGCGCAAUGAGCUCUUCAAGCUGAACGAGAACUACAAGACGUUCCAUCGCAAAGUGAAAAUCUUCUGGAAGCUGACGGUGAACAAGGAAGAAAUAUCGUCGCAGUUAUUAAAGAAUUGCUCACUGCUAAUAUUGCCGGGGCCGCAAGGGCAAUUCGAGGAGAGCGAAAUUAAUGCGAUGCGCGGUUAUUUGCGCGAGGGCGGGCGGAUGUUGGUACUUCUUGCUGAGAGCAGUCAGGACGACACCGGUAACAUCAACAUCCUUCUGGAAGAAUACGGCAUCUACGUGAAUAUGGAUUCACUAAUUCGCACGCACUACUACAAGUAUUUCCAUCCGAAGGAGUGCUACAUCGCCGACGCGACGGUGAACACGGCGCUCUACGCGAACAAGUCGGAAAAUCUGAAUCUGAUUUAUCCGCACGGCGCCACGAUGAAUGUGAAUAAGCCCAGCUCGGUGGCGUUCACCAGUGGCAGCGCAACGUUUCCGGUUGAUAGGCCGUUGGGGGCCGUAUAUUACAAUCAGAAUGGCGGCGGCAGACUGGUCGCGGUCGGCUCCGGCCACAUGUUCAUCGACAAGUACAUCGACCAAGAGAAGAACGAUAAAUUCAGGGAGUUACUCUUCGAGUUCCUAAUGAGGACCGACGCAGACGUCCGGAUGUCCACGAUGGAUCAUGAUGAUCUAGACGCUUUGGAUCAUCACAUUGUACCGGAUACAGGGGAACUUGCCAAUCGGCCAAAACUUUGUCUAACUGAUGCGAUAACUCAUUCGGUAUCUUUGGAUUACAACAAGUUGUUUGAUCAUAAAACGUAUUCCAUGAAUACGAAUUUGGUUCCGGAUGCUUUGAAACUCUUCGAACGAUUAGGUGUGAAACAUCAACCGCUGAAAGUGAUAAGUCCGAACUUUGAAGCACCACUGCCGCCAUUACAAGCCGCCGUGUUCCCACCAUCGUUCCGGGAAUUACCACCGCCGCCGCUCGAGCUCUUCGAUUUGGACGAGGCGUUCAGCUCGGUGUUCUCGAAACUCGCGCAAUUUACCAAUAAAUAUUUGAUGUCAUCCGCCCAGCAGCAUCCGGGCAGUAUUGGCGGUGCACCGCCAACGGAGAAAGAACUCGACUUCUACAUAAAAGAAUGCUCGAACAUUGUGCGUCUCGAUGGGGAUUACUCUGACCCCAAGCAGAUUUUAUACACACUGGGUGUACACUGCGCGCAAUUCAAGAGCAUCGACACCAUCAAAUAGAUUUACAUAUUUGCAAAAAAAGGGGCACAAAGUUUAAUAUUUCCAAGUCAACCGGAACGAGCACGGCAGUUGGUUGCACUUUGCACUUGUUACGUUAAAGUCGACAAGGACAAGUUCUUACGAAUUAUUUGUAUUUGAAUGGCGUAAUAAUAGAAAAGAGGUGACGGCAUAAA